AUGAUGAAAUCAAUCCUCAGACAAAGCCCACUCGGGCUUCUGAGAAGGCCAGCUUGCCAAAAACUCCGGCCCACGGCGUCAGCUGACAGCUCUGUGUGGCGCCCGAGUAGAGAUAUCCAAUACAAUCUGGUGAGAGGUGUUGCCUCGUCAUGGUCUCCUCGCCAACAAGAAUACCCGGAAGAGAAACGAUGGGCUCCUCUACCAACGAGAAAGGCAAUAAACCGUCUUUCAGUCAUUCAAACAACCGCCCCCAGGUAUGUCACGGUUGACAUUGAGGGAGAACAAGUUGCAUUCGACAAUAUAUUCCUCCGAGACGCUUGCAGAUGCCAUAUGUGUGUCGACCCUUCAACGCAACAAAAGCUUAUCCAGACCUCCGAUAUAAACUACGACACGAAGCCAAAGUUCCAAACAGCGCUCCCUGACGGCACACUCGUUAUCAAGUGGGAUAUAGGUCCAGGAGUUGACGGUCAGCAUAUAAGUACCUAUAGUUUCGACUUUCUUCGGACUCAGGCAAACCUGAGGUGGAGGCUUAGGAGUAACUUUAAUGAUCGACGACAAGUCCUAUGGGAUAAGCGGUUAAUGGAGCAAGAUGUGCUAUGGAUUGACUACCAGACUUAUAUGGAGUCCGACGAGAUGCUGCUCGAAGCUGUUCGACACCUAUCUAUAUAUGGGUUGGUGUUCCUUCGUAAAGUUCCGGAAAACUCGAGGCAGAAUUCGGUCGAAGGAAUUGCCAAACGGAUAGGUAACAUUAAAGAAACAUUCUACGGGAGGACUUGGGACGUCAAGAAUGUCAAAGAUGCCAAAAACAUAGCCUACACUCCCCUCAAUCUUGGCCUCCACAUGGACCUCCUUUAUUUUGAAUCGCCUCCUGGGCUUCAAUUCCUUCACUGCAUCCGCAACACUGUCACAGGGGGUUCUUCCAUUUUCGCGGAUGCAUUUCGUGCUGCGCAGACGGUUCGGAUGACCUCCGAACCGCUCUUCAAAGCAUUAUGCGAUUUCCCUGUUACCUUCCAUUAUAAGAAUGAUGGACACCAUUACCACUAUAGCCGCCCAACGGUUGUUCUGGAGAAGAACACAUACCUCCGCCAGCCACGCAUUGACCAUAUGAACUGGUCGCCGCCGUUUCAGGCACCAAUAGAAGUCGAUACGAAUGGUAAAGACAAUAGGGCCUUUAGGAGCUGGCUUCAUGCAAUUCGUAAUCUCGGCACGAGUAUAGAAGAUCCGGAAUCACAAUUUGAGCUUAAACUCAAUGAGGGAGAGUGCGUUAUCUUUAAUAAUAGGAGAGUAGUACAUGGGAGGAGGGAGUUUGAUCCGGAAAGUGGUGAUAGGUGGUUGAAGGGGACAUAUGUGGACGUGGAUGCGUUUUUGUCGAAGUUCAGAACCCUUAGUGAGAGGUUCAAAGGAGGCGUGGACAAUCAAGACUACUUGUGA